CACAGCUCAGCUCAGAACAGUCGUCUGUCUGGUCAGAUCGAGGUUCGAGACAAACCGAGAUGUCCGUGCUGCAGGAGAUGAGUCCAAAUGUGAAGCAGAUGAGGCAGUUGGAGUACGCAGUCCUGGCCAGACAAGCAAUCCGGAUCAGGGAAGAGCUCAAACAGGGAGUGAGAAAACCGUACAAAGAAGUGAUAGAUGUCUGCUGGGGCGACCCGCACAGGGCAGGAAUCAAACCUCUGUCGUUUGUCCGUCAGGUUCUGGCAGCGUGUCUUUACCCUCAGCUUGUGAACAGUGACAAACUGCCUGUGGACGUCAGACAGAGGGCCCAGAGGCUGCUUCAGGAAUGCUGUGGAGGGAGUGUAGGUGCCUAUACAAACACAAGAGGUAUUCCAAAAAUAGUCCACAGAGUCUCUGAAUUCAUAACCAGACGAGAUGGUGGCGCUCCGUCCCCUCCUGAAAACAUAUACAUCAGCCCAGGCUCACAGUGGGCGCUCACGAAUAUGCUCAAGAUCCUGGUGAACAGCAAAGCUUCUACCAGAACUGGCGUUUUGACUCCAGUGCCGUGUCACAGCACAACCACGUUGUCCUUAGAGGGACUGGGAGCCGUCAUCGUUCCCUAUUACCUGAGUGAGAGGCAGGGCUGGGAGCUGCAGGUGGAGGAGCUGCAACGAGCCCUGGAGUCUGCCAAGGCAGUGUGUAAUCCUGUGGCUCUGUAUGUCAUCAACCCUGGAAAUCCAUCAGGUCACGUCCAAAGCAGGAAAUCCAUGCAGGAGGUGAUCCGAUUAGUUUCAGAGAAGAGACUCUUCCUUCUGGCAGAUGAGGUUUAUCAGGAAUGUGUUUAUGGGGAGAACAGUGAGUUUGUCUCCUAUAAGAGGGUCCUGGCGGAGAUGGGGCCUCCUCUUUCAGACACAGUGGAGCUGGCUUCCUUCCACUCAGCGUCCAAAGGCUACAUGGGAGAGUGCGGUCUACGUGGUGGAUAUGUGGAGCUGGUAAAUCUGGACCCUGCGGUUAUGAAACACAUCUACACGAUAUUCUCCAUGGACACCUGUGCCCCUGUGCUGGGUCAGAUGGCUCUGGAUCUGAUGAUGAACCCUCCACAACCAGGAGAUCCAUCAUACCCUCUGUAUGAUGUGGAGAAACAACACAUCAGGACGGCGCUGGUUCAUAAUGUGAAGACAGCACGUGCGGUUUUAAACAGUCUGCCGGGUUUCUGCUGCCAGCCCGUGGAGGCAGGAAUAUUUGUGUUCCCCAGACUUCAUAUUCCACCUAAAGCCAUUCAGAAAGCCAAGGAAGUGGGAAUGAAGCCAGACACGUUCUACUGCUCCAGGCUGCUAGAGGAGGCUGGUGUGUUAGUCAGUCCAGGUUGUGAGUACGGACAAAAGGAAGGCACCUUCCACAUCAGAUUUUGCAUCAUGACGCCUCAGGACAUCAUGGAGGAACUACUGAAACGUCUGACAAGCUUCCACACACAGUUCAUGGAAGAUUUUUCUUAA